AUGUCUGAUUCAUUUAAGCCUUACGCCACUCAAUUCUCCAACCCCAAAGGACCGGGUGACGCACGACCCACUGCGCUUCAAAUCAUCAACGACAACCAUCUCACAAACAAGUGGGCCGACAAGGUCGUCCUUGUGACUGGAGGCACCUCUGGGCUCGGAACUGAGACGGCGCGAGCUCUCGUGGCCACCGGCGCCCAUGUCUUCAUCACCGCCCGCGACCUCCAGAAGGCGCAGGGCGUUGUCGAUAACAUCCUCAAGUCGUCUGAGGGUGCUGGCAAGCUGGAAGUCAUCGAAAUGGAUAUGAACUCGCUUGAAUCAGUUAAGAAAGCUGCACAUACCUUCCUUUCUAAGUCGACUAAGCUGAAUAUCCUCGUGGCCAACGCUGGAACCAUGGCGACGCCAGAAGGGAGUAAGACCAAGGACGGAUUCGAACAGCAAUUCGGAGUAAACCACCUGGCCCACUUCACACUGACGGCCUUGCUGCUCCCCGCCCUCAUCAACGGCAGCACUCCGUCUUUCAACUCGCGUGUCGUAGCUCUCACGUCGGCCGCGCACAGAUACUCUGCCAUCAACUGGGACGACGUCAACAUGACAAAAAGUUACGACCCGUGGGUCAGUUACGGGCAGUCUAAGACGGCCGCCAUUUGGAUGGCCAACUACAUCGACCGCGUCUACGGCUCGCGGGGUGUCCACGCCCUGUCGGUACACCCAGGUGGUUCCCUGACUGCACUGUUCCAGAACGUGACGCCUGAAAUGAUGGCCCAGUGGCAGAAAGACACCGCUAUGAUGGCCAACAUGACGACCGCGGAGCAGGGUGCCGCAACGAGCACCUGGGCUGCAACGGCCAAGGUCUGGGAGGGUCAGGGCGGCAAGUAUCUGAGCGACUGCAGCGUGGCGGGGCCUGCACAAGAUGCCAUGUCUGUCCUGGACCCUGGAUAUGCACCGCAUGCAUUCAACGAAGAAGGGGAAAACAAGUUGUGGACCUUGAGCUGCGAGCUUACUGGUGUGGAGGCUAUGGAGUAG